AUGGACAUAACACCUGAAGAUUUGAUGCUACUCUCAGACCAUAACUCUCAGCAAGAUGAAGAGGAAACAAACAAGAAGUCCCUAAAACGUCGCCGCUCAGUCGACCACUCCUGGUCAGCAGAAAUGAAACAAAAACUGCAGAAAAACAUAGUGGAAGGCCGUGCGGGUAGACGCCGAACUGCAACGGCGUGUGAUCGGUGCAGGGCAAGUUCCAUUAUGAUACUUGAGGAUUCUCAUUCUAAUGCUACGAUUCAACAGUUGAAGAAGAUCGCUUGCGAUUAUACCGCUGAUGGCUGUAUGAAAUGCGUCGCCAACGGAAUUCUCUGUUACGUGACUGACCCUGUCACUGGCUAUUCUGCAGAACGCUGUUCAAUCCCCAGAAUGCAGAGACGGAUUAAAGAGCUUGAGGAGCAAGUCAGCGUCUUGACGAAGGAAGUGGACCGCCUGGAAGCCAAACUUGUCUUCUCAAAUAACACUAUUGGGUAUCUUCGGCUUUCCCACGGGGAAGUGGUGGAGCGGGGGGAAACUUGGGCAAUGGGAGGAGACCAGGGGUCCGUGGAUUCUAGCGUUUUCUAUCCAACUCUUUCAAAGUAA